AUGAUUCCCUUCUCCCACGGCACCAAGCUGUACAUGGCAGCGACGGUUCUCCAAUUGGCCACAUUCUUCCUCCUUGCCUUCGUCACCGUCUUGCAGUUCUGCUUCGUCCGCCGCCAUGGCGACGCCGCCCGCACCUGGGUCAAAUGGGCUCGUUACUCGCUCGCCCUCUUCACCUUCACACUGUUCGUCCUCUGCGGCGGCCUGAUCAUCGCAACCGUCUACAGCCGCUUCACCGACCGCCACAUCGAGUUCUUUCAGUCUGAGCAGGAGGGCCUCACCCAGGCGCGCGGCUUCCUCGACGCCAUCUGGAUGCUCUGCGAGGCCGGCGUCCGCGUGCUCCUCCUCGCCACCUUUGUGUCGCUUGCUGCGGGCCUUGCUGCGGCGCGCUCGACCGGCGGCACCGGCGAGGUGCCGGCGGGCUGGGCCAAGAUGUCGUUGCCCGCGUGGGGUGCCGGAGGCCUGACGUUUGUGCUCGCGAUCGGCUUGUUUGGCGUGCGCUGCUACUACUGGGCGCACGUCUUCGAUGAAGCCAAGGCUCGGGCGCCUUCAAUGGCCGGACGACGCUCGGUGAGCGACUUGUAUGGCGUUGACGCGGUGGAUCUGCACAACAUUGAGAACGUGACGAGCGAUAUCGACUUUGCGCUCAACUGCAUCUGGCUCCUCCUGUCCAUGCUGGUCUUGGGCCAGGCUGUCCGGACGCGGGCGCUGAGCCAGUCGGCGCCUCAUACUCGACCGGCUUCCAACUAUUUCCUCGCCUGCGCUAUUCUCUUCGCGGCGCAGCCCCUUUACAACAUCAUCAUCUUGAUCAUGUUCUACCUCAACUCGUCCGAUGUGCCGGGUGUAGAGGCUACCAUUGUCACGGGCGUCCUCUUCCGCACGUGGCCGUACGCCACGAUCCUGCUGAUUCUGUUUGUCCUCGGACGCAAGAAGAUUGGCGGCGUGUGGUCGAAGCAGCAGACAUUCCUGACCAAAGAAGCCGCCGCUGGCGAGACGGUAUAUCAGACGCCGUGGGGAUACCAGGUCACUCACCAGACUGCACCGCAGCAGGCCCCGACGUCGAGUGCGCAGGCGCAACUGGAAAAUUACUAUGCGCAGCCUCAGCAGGACAUGCAGUUCCAGCAGCAGCAGUAUCAGCAACAGCAGUACCAGCAACAGCAGCAGCAGCAAUAUCAGCAACAGCAGUACCAGCAACAACAGCAGCAGCAGCAGCAGCCACACUAUGGCUAA